AUUCUCAAAGUAGUGCGGAGGGAAGAAGAAGAAGAAACAGAGCGAGUGAUGGCGGAACACAACCACUCAAAUUCAUCUCUUCAGCCGAUUCUGGACCUGCUAUUCGCCGCCGGCUACGUCGAGUCCGAUGCACCGCCGUCUCAGAUAAUCGCCGGCGGCAUCUCUUGGGCCGUCGCCGCCCUCAACGCCAACACCACCACCGCAAUAUACGAUGAGAGUAUCGAGGACUCGUUGAGACUAGUAGGAUGCCCGCACCUUCUUCUACCCUCCCAUAUUCGAGAUCUUGAUACUGAAGCUCUUCUUCCUGUUGUUCAGUGGCUCACAUCACGCAUUCCAUCGCAUCAUGUCAAUGAGGUGUGUGAUGCUGAGAAUGCUAUUGAAGUGGAUGAGCAUGGAACUUCGAUAGAGGCAUUGAGUGGCAAUUUGGAUGAACUGAAUCACCGGAAGAUGAAUGCUGUGGAGCAAUUAGAUCAGCUACGAGAGAGAAUAAGUAAGGAGGGUGUUGAUUCUGGGGUGCAGAAGUUGAUAUCUUCAAUGAUGUCUUUGAAGGAUCUUGAAAGGCAGGAAAGUCGCUUUCUGUUCAACCGUGAUUCCAAACAUUCUGAACUUCAAGCUGAGAUUAGUGAAUUAGAGAGGAAAAGGGAAAAUGACACUGACAGCCAGAGCUUACCUGAUGGGCUACAUCAAUCUCUGAGUGAAUCACUUGAAAAAAUCAAUUUGAUGAAAAAGAAACUUGCAGCUAGACUAAGGGAUAUAGUAGUAAUAAGACGACAGAUUGAUGACCUACCAUGCCAAUCAGAACUCAAUCAGUACGAGAGCCGACUCUCAGAACUAAAUGAUCAAAUCCAGGGAAAACAUCGACAAACCCGUAAAUACUAUGCUACCUACAAUGCUCUUCUGGAAAUAAAAGAAAUGAUGUUAAAGGAAACAUCUUUAUUAAAUUCUAUUAUUUCACAGUUUCAAGACGCCUUCAGUAGCACUGAUGGUCGUAUAAGACUUGUUCAUUCCAUGGAAGGAAUUGUCAAUGGAAGUCAACAGAAACUAGAAAAGGUUCAAGUGGGUCUUCAAGAAGAAGAGAAAAUCCGUAAUGAUUUGAAGGAUAGGUAUGCUGCAGCAAUUGGUGAGCAAAAGCGCUGCUAUUCUUUGAUGAAAGCUUUUCAGGUAAAGUGUCAAAGUUCCAAGUGAGAAAUUACCGAGAUCUUUGCGGUUGAGUCUUUUCGAUUGAGUCGGUCAAAUUAUUGUAUCGCCAUCGAAGCCUGGUUGUGUUCCUCCCAAACUCUUAAUAUCAUGGUGAUGGUUGAACAAGAAGAUGAUCUGCUGUUUGAUGCAUGAAGUUGCAGUGAUUGUGUUUUGAUGUUUUCGCUUUAGCUUUCCAUCUUUUUUUUUGAACUACAUGUAUCUUCCACUGAAUUAAUCAUGUUCGAGACAUGUAGGAUCACUUUGAGCGACAAAAAUGAAUAUUUACGUGCCAGUUACAUA